AUGAAUACUGUUUAUGUAUUAGAGUGCAAUAAUAACAAAUAUUACAUCGGAAAAACUAGCAGAAGUGUUAAUAUUAGGUUUAAAGAACAUCGCAAUGGUUCUGGUUCAGAAUGGACACGCCAAUAUCGUCCAAUAAGAAUUGUUGAGUCUGAAAAAACUGUUAAUUUACAUUUAGAACUGAAUAAAACCCUUGAUUAUAUGAACGAAUAUGGCAUCGAUAAUGUAAGAGGUAGUUGUUAUUCUAGUGUGAAUUUAUCAAAGACAGAAAAACAGAGCAUUCGUCAAUUACUUUCUUCUAGAAAUGAUUCUUGUUACAACUAUGGUAUGACUGGUCAUUUCACUAAAUAUUGUGGUUAUUCUUACAACAAAAAUAACCACAAUUCUUAUGGGAGUUUUAAACGUGGCAGUCUCAUUCAUUUUGCUAAUGAGUGUGAUAAUUAUUUUGAUGAAAAUGACGUUGAAAAUAAUGAGACUAAUAGUUAUUAUGGUGAAAGUGAUGAUAAUUCUUAUAUAUGUUUUAAAUGUGGCAGUUCUAGUCAUUAUGCUAAUAAUUGUGGCGAUUCUGAUGAAAAUGAUGGUGAAAAUGAUGAGAAUGAUAGUGAAAAUGAUGAUGAUAAUCCUUAUAGAUGUUUUAGGUGUGGCAGUCCGAGUCAUUUUGAUAAUUAUCGUAAUGAUUAUUCUAAUGAAAAUGACUCUUAUGAUGAGAAUGGUGGUGAAGGUGAUGAUGGUAAUUCUUAUAGAAGUGAAAGUGAUGAUUGUAAUUCUUAUAGAUGUUUUAAAUGUGGCAAUUCAAAUCAUUUUGCUAAUGAUUGUGAUGAUGAGUCUGAUAUAGAGACGCGGUUGGAACUCGAUCACAUUGGGAUGAGUUAUAACUAG